AUGCUCCCUACCCUCCUUGGUACUCAGACACGGGUGAGCGAAAAGCGACGGCCAUGUGCCCUGGAGCUUCCAUCUCCAGGAUCCGCGUCAGAGCACCCCAUGGCAUCCCCCAUGGCUUCCCGAGCUUCCCGGGCUUGUGAGUCCCCAGAGGCGCGAUCUCAGUACACAACGCCACCGCAACGUGGCAGCGUUGAUGUCAUUUUCUUUGACUUCGAUGGAACCUUGACGUCCACAGCCGGUGACCGCGCUAGCCGCUGCUCCAAGCCAAGGGAGUUAUGUGAGAGGGCAGCCAUGUUGGAGCCCAGGCUGCAGGCCCUGUGUUCGCAAGGAAUCUCGCUGGGCAUUAUUUCCAAAAGCACUGAGGCUGUCGGCUUUGAGGGGAAGGCCGGCUUCAUUGAGGACUUGGCCUUGAAAGGGCGCCUUCCAACAUCAGGAUCGAUGAGCGGACGCCGGGUGCCGCUCCACCGCAUCCUCCUUGUCGACGACGACUUGACGGAGCUUGACACGGCCAAAGCGCGGGGGCUGCAAGUUUAUGCGGCCCCUGCGAUUGGUGGGCUUCAGGAGGAGGACUUUGAUGUCAUCAGCCUGCUGAAGGUCGGUGAGCACGACGAAGAGGCUCUCGACGAGGAGUCCCUCCUCAUCCCUAAGGGCGAGGUUGAAGAGGACCUCGUCCCGGAGAGGCCUCGUGAGAAGCAGGUCGGGCUUUUGGAACGCUGCUGCCGGCGUUGCUUCUUCAAUUGA